AUGUAUGAGCUCAUACAUCCAACACAUCGUCCAUACCAGUGCAUACUCUGGCGUGAUCAUCCAACAGACCCAGUCACAUCAUAUCGUUUAAAUACGGUUACAUAUGGCUUGGUAACGUCGCCGUAUCAAGCAAUUCGCACGCUGAGACAACUAUCCGAGGAUGAGGCGGCCGACUAUCCCGUCGCGUCCAACGUAUUGAAACGCGAUUUUUAUGUUGACGAGGUGACGACUGGCAUGGAUUCAACUGAUGAAUUAUUAUGUCUUCAACGUGAGCUGAAUGGCUUGCUGGAACGUGGUGGAUUCAAGCUACGGGAAUGGGCAAGUAACUAUCYAGCCAUUCUAGAAAAUGUACCGUUGGAACAUCGCGUAACACAGCUCCCACUACAUGAUCAAUCAGACACAGCCAUCAAAUUAUUGGGUGUUUCGUGGAAUGCCACUAAAGACUCAUUUUCUAAACAAGCUCGUACUAUGGAAAUAAGUGGAUCUGUCACUAAACGACAAAUAUUAUCAGAUAUCGCACACAUUUAUGACCCUUGCGGUUGGCUCUCACCCUUGAUCAUCGUAGCUAAGCUGCUGUUGCAACAACUGUGGAAGGAACAGGUUAGCUGGGACGACCAGGUCUCAGAGGCACUCGCUGCGGUUUGGCACUCACAUCGUUCAUCGUAUGAGCAUUUAGCAUCUUUCAAUAUAUUGCGCUACAUCAACACGUCGAGGAAUCCAGUCAUCGCAUAUGAAAUACAUGGCUUUUGUGACAGCUCUAAAAAAGCUCAUGGUGCCGUUGUCUAUGUKKUCGCCAGUUCUGAUAUUCUAACGUCAACCCUACUGGUAUCUAAAACUAGAGUAGCACCACUGAAGAAGGUUUCCAUUCCACGUUUGGAAUUCCAGAAUGAUGAGGACGAUUAUGAUUUWGGGUCAGUAAAAAUUGAUAUGAAAAAAAUGUUCAGAAAAAUCGAAGUACUUACUACUAACGUCGCAUCAAUGAAAAGUUCAUUAAAUUUCUUUGGAGAAUCAUUUGAUGAAAUCAAAAAGAAAAUGGACACUGUUGUAAACAUCAUUAAUGGUAUGGAAAAUAUGGUAAUGGAAAAAGAACAUAGGUAG